AUGGCUGAAGUUUUGCAGAAAUCCGGUGUCAUCUACGGCGACGACGUCAAGAAGUUGUUCGACUACGCCCAACAAAAAGGCUUUGCUAUCCCAGCCAUCAACGUCACCUCGUCCUCCACUGUCGUUUCUUCUUUAGAGGCGGCCCGUGACAGCAAGUCGCCCAUCAUUUUGCAAACCUCGCAGGGUGGUGCCGCGUACUUUGCCGGUAAGGGUGUUUCCAACACGGACCAGAACGCGUCCAUUGCCGGCUCCAUUGCCGCCGCCCACUACAUCAGAGCCAUUGCGCCAUCCUACGGCGUGCCCGUGAUUUUGCACACGGACCACUGUGCCGCCAAGUUGUUGCCAUGGUUCGACGGCAUGUUGAAGGCCGACGAGGACUUCUUCGCCUCCCACGGCACCCCCUUGUUCUCCUCGCACAUGUUGGACUUGUCGGAGGAGACCGACGACGAGAACAUUGCCACCUGUGUCAAGUACUUCUCCAGAAUGGCGCGCAUGAACCAGUGGUUGGAGAUGGAGAUUGGUAUCACCGGCGGCGAGGAGGACGGUGUCAACAACGAGGACGUCGACAAGGAGUCCUUGUACACGCAGCCCGAGACGGUUUUCGCGGUGCACAAGGCCUUGGCCCCGAUCUCCCCCAACUUCUCCAUUGCCGCGGCCUUCGGCAACGUGCACGGUGUGUACAAGCCAGGUAACGUUGUGUUGAGACCCUCCAUCUUGGGCGAGCACCAGCAGUACGCCAAGGAGCAGAUCGGCACCGACAACAAGCACCCAUUGUACUUGGUCUUCCACGGUGGCUCCGGCUCCACCCAGAAGGAGUUUGACGUUGCCAUCAAGAACGGUGUCGUCAAGGUCAACUUGGACACGGACUGCCAGUACGCCUACCUCGCCGGUAUCCGUGACUACGUGUUGAACAAGAAGGACUACUUGAUGAGCCAGGUCGGCAACCCAGACGGCGAGGACAAGCCAAACAAGAAGUACUUCGACCCUAGAGUCUGGGUCAGAGAGGGCGAGAAGACCAUGUCCGCCAGAAUCACCGAGGCCUUGGACAUCUUCCACACCAAGAACCAGUUGUAA